UUUUUUCAAUCAUCAUGCAUGCUUCUUAGCGAGACGACUCUCGCUUUCAUUAUAAAAUAAGGUAUAACGCUUAAGUCUCAUCUCCAACAACAACAAAAAGAUUAGAUCUAAUGGAAACCCAUUUCCUAGUUUUAUCUCUCGCUUUCUUCUUUCUCAUUUCUCUAAAACUUUUGUUUGGUAAACGGCAUAUCAAGUUUAACCUACCACCAAGUCCGGCUAGACCACUGCCGUUCAUUGGACACCUUCACCUACUCAAGCAGCCGCUCCACCGUACAUUCCUAACCUUCUCUAAGUCCCUCGACGGUGCUCCAAUAUUCUCACUCCGCCUCGGAAACCGUCUCGCGGUUGUCGUCUCCUCCUACUCCGUCGCUGAAGAGUGCUUUACCAAAAACGACAUUGUUUUGGCUAACCGGCCAGAGUUCAUUGUCGGAAAACACAUUGAGUACAACUUCACCACUAUGACCAGUGCGCCUUAUGGUGACCACUGGAGAAACUUGCGCCGUAUCAGCACUCUCGAGAUCUUCUCGUCACACAAGCUCAAUGGCUUGUUAUCUGUUCGUACGGACGAGAUCCGACACUUGCUACUGCGUCUCUCCAAGAACUCUCAACAUGGGUUUGCGAGGGUGGAGAUGAGAUCAUUGUUUAUGGACUUGACUAUAAAUAACAUCCUUAGAAUGAUGGCUGGGAAACGAUUCUAUGGUGACGGAACAGAGCAAGACGACAACGCGCGGCGAGUGAGACAUCUGAUUGACGAGGUGGUGGCCAAGGCAGGCGCAGGCAAUGCUAACGAUUAUAUCCCAAUCUUGCGUUGGUUCACAAAUUUUGAAAAACAGGUCAAGGAGUUAGCUGGCCGAGUCGAUGAGUUCUUACAGAGUCUGGUGGAUGAGAAACGUGCUAAUAAAGAAAAGGGCAACACUAUGAUGGAUCACUUGCUCUCUCUCCAACAAAUGCAGCCAGAUUAUUACACGGAUGUCACUCUGAAAGGAAUCAUAAUAGUUAUGAUUCUUGCUGGAACUGAAACAUUAACAGGGACGUUAGAAUGGGCCAUGUUGAAUUUGUUGAAUCAUCCAGAGGUAUUAAGGAAAGCAAGAACCGAAAUCGAUACCAAGAUCGGUUUUGACCGGUUAAUAGAUGAACCGGAUACUAAAAGUCUCCCUUAUCUCCAAGGGAUUGUGUUGGAGACCUUACGUCUUCACCCGGCAGCUCCGACACUUGUGCCCCACAUGACAUCAGACGAUUGCAUGUUGGCAGGGUACGAUGUUCCACGUGGGUCAAUGCUAUUGGUAAACGUUUGGGCUAUGCAUAGAGACCCAUCUGUAUGGGAAGAUCCAGAAAUGUUCAAGCCAGAGAGGUUCGAAAAUGAAAAGGAAAAGCAAAAGGUGUUGUCUUUUGGGAUCGGACGACGAGCCUGUCCCGGGGUCGCGCUAACUCAUCGGCUAGUGACCUUGGCUCUCGGAUCGAUGGUUCAGUGUUUUGAAUGGGAGAGAACUGGAGAAGAGUAUAUUGAAACUAGAGAAGCACCCAUGAUGCGUCCAGCGACUCCCUUGCUAGCCAUGUGUAAAGCUCGUCCCAUUGUCCAUAAGACUUUCGAUGGUUUUGCUUGAAUGUUGUAACUUUGCUUGAAUGUUAAUUUGUCUUUUAUGUUCGAAAAUAAUAUAAGAUCAUGUUUCUGGUU